AUGCCCCAGGACGCAAAGACUGAUAUUGAGGAAGGCACGCAGGUGUAUCGCCUGGGAGGGUUUCACCCCGUGUACAUCGGCGAUGUGUUCAAACACCGGUACAAAGUCCUGAACAAGAUCGGAUACGGUGUGUAUUCAACAGUCUGGCUGGUGCGAGAUCUAGAACCCGUAGAAUCCGGCCCGGAGAAUGAGUUCCGAGCUCUCAAAGUGCUCAGUGCUGCAUGCUAUGAUGGCACGGAAGCCCCCAUCUUUGAGCGAGAGAUCUUGACCCAUCUCCGCCUCGGAGACCACCACCAGCUAGGGUACCGUCAUGUCUGUCAUCUCCUUGAUGACUUUGAGCAUCGUGGACCUAAUGGAAUUCACGUCUGCCUUGUCUUUGAGCUAAUGGGCGAGACGUUGCGGAGCUUCGGCGCCUGGUUCGCUGAAAGCAGACUGCCGAACUCGGUGAUGCGGAGGUUCACCAUCCAGCUCUUGCUGGUUCUCGAUUUUGCCCACGAACAUAAUGUCAUUCAUACCGAUAUCAAACCGGAUAACAUUUUCGUCAAGUUCAGGGACCCUUCCUUGAUCGAAUCCGGUUACCUGGCCGAUGUUGCGAUUCCCCAGCAGGAUCGGUCCGAGGAAGAGUACUCUGUCGUGCCCUCAACAUCGUUACGCCACUACUACUUUAACGAGGCCAACAGCAGGCACCCUACUGAGUUCGGCAUUGCAUUGGGAGACUGGGGCGUCUCCAGCUGGGCGGACCGACAUCUCUGCGAUAUGAUUCAACCCGUGGCCCUCCGAUCACCCGAAGUCCUUAUCAAAGCGCCGUGGGAUGUUAGCACCGAUUUCUGGAACCUGGGGGCUGUCGUGCUCGAGAUCUUCCAGGCGGUUCGCAUGUUCAGCGGGUCGGUCCCCCCGGACGGUCAUUAUGAGCUCAAGGAGCACCUGGCGGAGAUUGUGGACCUGUUUGGGCCCUUUCCCAAUGAGCUUUUGGAGAGAGGCAAUACGAGCCUGGUCCAAACCCUCUUUGAUGAUGAUGGCCGGAUCAAAGACGCGCCGCCAAUGGAUCGGUCAGGCCUGGCGUCGGAAGCCUUUAUGCCAGGCCUCGACCAAGAGGUCAGGGACGAGUUUGCCUCCUUUCUGCAUGCGAUGAUGAAGAUAAAUCCCACUGAUCGGGUUUCGGCAGAGGACCUCUUACGACAUCCCUGGUUAGAUGCACUUUAG